AGAGAGGUGACAACACAAUCAUCCAUUUUAUCUUGGCUCAUAUUCAUCUCUGUUCUAUUUCUCUUUGAAUUAUAACCAAGUUCUGACGCCAAAAAUGGCUGAUGCACUCAUCUCCGUGCUUCUGGAGCAAUUGGCUUCAGUAGUAUAUCAACACACAAAUCAAGCGGUGAAACUGGUUUUGAAUGCUGAGAAAGACGUUAAAAGUUUCAGCAGCAAGCUCAAAGCUAUCCAGGCUGUGCUUGAGGACGCAGAGAAGAAACAAUUGACAGAUGCUAGGGUGGAAGACUGGUUGGAGAAGCUGAAAGAUGUCUCGUACGAGAUGGACGACCUGCUAGAUGAGUGGAACACUGAAAUUCUCAGACGACAAGUGGAGGAGAAGCAAGAGAAGGAAGGAGAAAAUGCUCCUGUUACAAAGAAGAAGGUAUGUUUCCCCAUGUCCUCUGCUUGCUUUUGUUUUGGACAAGCCAAUGAGGUCAUUCAUCGUCAUAAGAUAGCUAGAAGGAUAGGGGAACUGAAUGAGAAGUUAACUUUGAUUGCUGCUGAAAGAGAAAUGUAUGGCUUUCAUCAGUCCACAAAAGGUGGCCCUGAUGAUCAGCAGGUUAUUCAACGACAAAAGACUACAUCUUUGGUCGAUAUAUCUAAAAUAUUUGGCCGAGAAGAAGAAAAAGAUAUGUUGUUGAGCAAAUUGUUGAGAGAGAGUAGCCCAGAAGAGGGGCGGUUCCUUAUCAUUCCUAUUGUAGGGAUGGGAGGGAUGGGCAAAACAACUCUUGCCCAAUUAGCUUAUAAUGAUGAAAAGGUUACAAACCAUUUUCAUAAGAAAGUAUGGGUUUGUGUCUCGAGCCCUUUUGACGAGGUUAAGAUUGCCAGAGCGAUCAUUGAGAGUCUAGAUAAAAAUGAAACCCAAAAGAGUUCAAAUGAAUUGGAAACUCUAUUACUAUGUAUAAGGUCACACGUUAAGGAUAAGAAGUUACUUCUUGUCCUAGAUGAUGUGUGGACGGAAAACCAAAAAGAGUGGGAAAAUUUGAAACUACUAGUAAUAAUGCAAAGUUGUGCUGAAGGUAGUAGAAUACUAGUGACCACGCGAAAACAAGGGGUUGCUAAAAUGAUGAGAGCAAGUAGCAUGAUCUAUUUAGACAAGUUGAGUGAUAGGGAUUGUUUGGCAUUGUUCAAUAGCAUCGCAUUUUUUGAUAGGAAAAAAGAUGAGGCUGCUGGGUUUGGAGCUAUUGGUGAGGAAAUUGUGAAAAAGUGUAAAGGUUUGCCUCUUGCUGCAAAAACUUUAGGCAGUCUAGUGUGGUUCAAAAAAACAAGAGAGGAAUGGCGGGAUGUUCUGAAUAGUAAGAUAUGGGAAUUAGAGGAAGUUGAGGAACAAGUUUUCCGACCACUAUUACUAAGUUAUUAUGAUUUGGCCCCAGCAGUCAAAAGGUGUCUUUUGUGUUGUGCUAUAUUUCCCAAAGAUUAUCAUUUCAAAAAAAAUAGUUUGAUUGAGCUUUGGAUGUCACAAGAUUAUCUUAAUUCAAAGGAAAAUAAAGAAAAAAGAAAAAAAGGUCAAACUUAUUUUGAGAGUCUAGCAAUGCGGUCUUUCUUCCAAGAUUUUGACGGGAAUGAGAUGGGAGAUAUUUUAGGGUUCAAAAUGCAUGAUAUUGUGCAUGACUUUGUGCAGUUUCUUACCAAAAAAGAAUGCAUUAUUAUAGAAGCAGCUAAGGGUGAUAAUCAAAUAGUGGAGCUACCGGGUGAUAAGGUCCGUCACUUGACCUUAACAAGUGUACCCGAAGGUCCACUUUCAUUUCCUACUUCAUGUUGCAUGUGCAGAAAUAUACGUACCCUCUCAAUCUUUAAUUCAAGAAUUACAACCAUAAGCCCCGGUUCAAUUUUGCAAAUGAAAUGCCUUAGAACAUUGAAUUUGAGUGAUGGUGUCCUCACUGAACUUCCAAAAGAGCUAGGUGAAUUGAUUCAUUUGAGAUACAUGGAUUUGUCUCGUAGUGGUAAUUUGAAAGAAUUACCGGAUGCUGUGUGUGAUUUAUUCAACCUACAAACUCUGGUCCUUGUUUGGUGCGAGAAACUUGAGAAACUACCCAAGGCAAUGGGAAAGUUGAUCAACUUGAAGCAUCUAUAUGUACGGAAUUGUCGGAAGCUGAGGUACUUACCAAAAGGGAUUGGGAGUUUGAAAAGUCUGCAAGCACUAGACUGCUUUUAUGUAUGUGAUGAGGGCGGUGAUAAUGAAGAAGCAGCAUUGAAAUUAGGAGAUCUCGGAAUCAUGGACCAGCUUCAGGGGAGCCUUUUGAUAGAAGGAUUGGGGAUUAAUAAUGCGAAAGAUGAUGCGAGUGAGAUUGAGAAAGCACAGUUGGGGAAUAAGGAGCACCUCUCUCAUUUGGAAGUAGAUUUCGAUGAGGAAGUAUGUGAAGAGCGGAGAGAAGGUGAUUCAGAAAUAGUGAAAGCAUUGCAACCACAUAAAAAUUUGGAAUCUUUAUCCAUUUCGGAUUGCCAUGGCACCAUCGAGUCACUCUAUUGGAUCAGGUCUUUACACAAUUUGAGAAAAAUUAAUCUCUAUGGUUGGCCAGUUUGUCAAGUUUUGCCUCCUCUUGGAAAAUUGCCAUCGCUUGAAAUUCUGGAAAUUGAGUGGAUGGACGAAGUGGAAAAGGUGGGAGUUGAAUUUCUGGGAAUAGAAGAAGAAGAAGAAGAAGUCUCAGGAAUUCUAUUCCCCAGAUUGGAACAACUUUCUUUUCGGAGCAUGUACAACUGGGAAGAGUGGCAAGGAAUAACAAAGGAGGAUUCCUCUUCUUCUUCUUCUUCUUCUGAAAUUACAAUAAUGCCUCUCCUUUAUAUCUUGGAAAUAUCCGAGUGCCCAAAUCUCAUAGCACUGCCAGACUUCCUCUACAAGAUAACAACACUGCAUACUCUGACGAUCGAGCGUUGUCCAAUUCUCGAACAAGACUACGAAAAAGGCGUGGGGAAGGAGUGGCACAACGUUUCCCACAUCCCAAACAUCACAAUUCGACCUGAAUCUGAAUCUGAGUAUGAAUCUGAAUCUGAAUCUGAAUCUGAAUGAAGUUUGAUGACUCACUGCCCAAAUACAAAGGACAAGGGAUUUGAAGAUGCAGCAUCAGUUCAAGGUAAUGGUGGUUCAGAAAGUUGGAGCUGCACGAUUCUGUAGGCUUAGCAUCUCCUUGAAUAUUUUUUUUUGUCCCCAUGAAUGUGUUGGAGCUGCAUUAUUCUGUUGGUGUGCGGAAAUGAAGUUAUCCCAAUUCCCAACAAAAAAUCACACUAGUUAAGUUACACUUGAAGGCAGCAUUGAAGCUUCUAGGACUAAGAAAGUCAUUGGAGUUGUCAACCUGAUGACGCUCGCUAUGUAGGAGGGACUAUCAGGCCGUUGUACACCAUAGAAGAAUUUAGGUAUCCAUUUCAUUGAUUGAUUCAAGUGCCUCUCACCUAAACUAGGCUGAAGCUUUUGUGAAAUGGAUGCUGACAGUGGUUGAACUGGUAUUGGGGCUUGGAAGCUUUUUCUGCAACCUGUAUCUUACAAUAAGCAGCAGGAUGGGAGCCUGGUAAUUGGUGUUUUUGCAAAUGGACCGUUCAAAUCCUGCCAUCUCAAUCGUUGAAGGCUACUUGAAGAAUUGGGUAUCACAUGGUCUUUCACCAUAAAGGAAAUUUGGAAUGCAUUUAACUGAAUGAAGUAGCCCUUAGCUAAACUAGGCUGAGGGUUUGUGUGGAAUGGAUGCGGAUGCUGAAUGGAAUAUAAUAGGUACAUGGGAUUUGCAAGCUUUAUGUACGUACAAUCUGUAUCCUAACAAUAGAUCUACCUGCAUAUAGUCUGGCCCCUUUUUUGAGAACUUUGUCCCUAAUAUUGCAAAUAUACCCAUUGGUCCUGCUGCUUUAAGUUCUAUGUUAACAUGUGUUUGAAGCUGUCACUGAUUGCAGGGGACCUAGGGUGUUAAUGGUUAGUGAUCCUUAUCCUGCUUUUUCUCUUCAUCAGAUCAAAUCAUAAAGGUUUUGUAUGUUAUAUAUAUUGUCUUUCUUACUGGUCAUUUACAAAAUUUUACUACUCAUGGAUUCUAGGAUUUAUAAGCAUUCGAGAUAUCAUAGUUGGGUUUCACAUAUAUACUUUGUGCAUCACAAGACUACCAUAAUGUAGUCUUUGUUAUGUUUUACUGGAAUGUGUUGCUUACUGAAUAACUAAGUGAUCAGUAUCUCUUCUUGGACAUUUUGGUGAACACAUUGUAUGCAGGAGCAUUUUGACCGAUAAAAGAGGCUGCUACCUAAGCUAGGCUGAAGUCUCUUGUGGAACUGAAACUGAAUGUAUACAGGACUCUAUCCUGUCAUAUCAAUCAUUAACCACAGCUGCUUGCCAAAUUCUGUUCUAUUAUUUGAGGGAAUGUCAGCUGUUGUUCGUGCUGUGCAACAUAUACCCAAAGGAGCUGAGGGUCAUUAAUUACGAGGAUAUCCAAGAAAGUGCAAUUCUGGAAGGCUACCGAUGCAAGGAUAAUGACCAACAAAUGCGAUGGUUUUUUGCUUCGCAACUCUGAUUGCUCAUAUGAAGAAAGAGAUAUAUAGAUGCUAUUCGUGCUAAAGACAUCUCUCAAGGUGUCUUGACUCAAGGGCAGCAAGUCAGAUCGCUUGAAAUGAACGAAGAACGGAACAGGUGAAAAUUUUCACCUGAACCUGUAUGCCAACCUUUUUACUUGUUUAUACUGAUUCCGGAAGAGCUUGAAAAUUUGGAAGAGACACUGAAAAACAUGGAAUGAUAGUAGUUGAGAAAGUUCAAGUGCACGUGUAGGGAAGCAAUCUCAUGGUAAGAAGAAAGGAGCAAUUGAAGAAGAACUUUUGAGUGAUGAUGAUGAAUUUUAUGAUCGAACAAAGAAGCCUUCAAGCAAAAUGGCCAGUGAAAACCAAUCAAUUGAAACCGCUGAUACUCUUUUUGAUAAGAGAGAUGAAGAAAUCCUUCUUAUGCGAGGAUUUUGCCGACCACUACUCGUCCAAGACAUAUGCUUCUUUUUACUUUUCUCUACUUUCAUACUAGUUUUUCCUUCAUACGCUAUUUGCGAGUUGAAGCCCGCGUCCGUCGAUGCGAGAUGUGUUUCAUAUCAAGAAUGCAUACAGUCAUACUAAUGUGACAAAUGGUUAUUUCAUUUUAGGAAGAAAAAAAAUAUAGAGGGUGCCACUUCCCCAACCCAACCAAAGAAGAGAAGUGCCAUUUGUAUAUUUUCUAUAUUAACUUCUUCCUAUUUUACUAUAACCUUAUUACAUGUCAAUAUAGUAUUCUAUCAUCUAAGUAAAG